AUGAUCCAGGCAGGAGCAACGGGUUUAGAAUGGGGUCAGAUGCCCGGAUUCCAGAUGGGUUUUGCCGAUGAAGAGAACUGGAAAGCAGAGGGGAGGGCGCCGUGGUUGGGAAAGCUGGCGGUGGUCCUCGGCCUGCGCAGCGCCCGGGCGGAGGAGGCCUGCACGGGCACCUGCCCCACCGCCUGCGCCUGCAGCAGCGCCGAGCGCGGCUGCUCGGUGCGCUGCGACCGCGCGGGCCUCCUGCGGGUGCCGGCCGAGUUCCCGUGCGAGGCGGCCUCCAUCGACCUGGACCGCAACGGCCUGCGCUUCCUGGGCGAGCGGGCCUUCGGCACGCUGCCGUCGCUGCGCCGCCUGUCGCUGCGCCACAACAACCUGUCCUUCAUCACGCCCGGCGCCUUCAAGGGCCUGCCGCGCCUGGCCGAGCUGCGCCUGGCGCACAACGGCGACCUGCGCUACCUGCACGCGCGCACCUUCGUGGCGCUCGGCCGCCUGCGCCGCCUCGACCUGGCCGCCUGCCGCCUCUUCAGCGUGCCGGAGCGCCUCCUGGCCGAGCUGCCCGGCCUGCGCGAGCUCGCCGCCUUCGACAACCUCUUCCGCCGCGUCCCCGGCGCGCUGCGCGGCCUGGCCAACCUGACGCAUGCGCACCUGGAGCGCGGCCGCAUCGAGGCCGUGGCCUCCAGCUCCCUGCAGGGCCUGCGGCGCCUGCGCUCGCUCAGCCUGCAGGCCAACCGCGUGCGCGCCGUGCACGGCGGCGCCUUCCGCGACUGUGGCGCCCUGGAGCACCUGCUGCUCAACGACAACCGGCUGGCCGUGCUGCCGGCUGACGCCUUCCGCGGCCUGCGGCGUCUGCGCGUUCUCAACCUGGGCGGCAACGCGCUGGGCCAGGUGGCGCGCGCCUGGUUCGCCGACCUCGCGGAGCUUGAGCUGCUCUACCUGGACCGCAACAGCAUCGCCUUCGUGGAGGAGGGCGCCUUCCAGAACCUCUCGGGCCUCCUCGCCCUGCACCUCAACGGCAACCGCCUCAACGCGCUCGCCUGGGCCGCCUUCCAGCCCGGCUUCUUCCUGGGCCGUCUCUUUCUCUUCCGCAACCCGUGGCGCUGUGACUGCCACCUACAGUGGCUGCGCGACUGGAUGGAGAGCUCCGGGCACGUGGCCGACGUGCCGUGCGCCGCUCCGGGCUCCGUGGCUGGCCUGGACCUCAGCCAGGUGGCCUUUGGGCGCUCCUCCGAUGGCCUCUGUGUGGACCCCGAGGAGCUGAACCUCACCACGUCCAGCCUAGGCCCGUCCCCAGAGCCAGCGGCCACCACCGUGAGCAGGUUCAGCAGCCUCCUCUCCAAGCUGCUGGCCCCGAGGGCCCCUGGGGCCGAGGCGGCCAACGCCACUCAGGGGCCAGGCAACGCCUCGCUGGCCGGCAGCCUUCCCUCCCGCGCGCUGGGAGGCUGGGCCCGCCAGACCCGGCUUCUCCUCGGCUCCAGUCUCCUCCUCAGCGUGGCCCGGCACGCGCUGUUUGCCCUCCAGGUGGACUGACCCUGCCCCAGUGAGGUGGCCCAAACGCCUUGGCCAGCAGGGCAGAGUUAACUGGGCUCGAGGGUGUUUGUGGUCGAGGAGAGGGGAACAGGAUGGGGGCAGGUAGUGAAAAUUCCAGCGGAGGGUGGAAGGGACAGUCUGCCUCCAGAGGUGGCCCUAGGAAGAGAAGAACCCUGGGUAAUGCCACGAGAGGGAGGGGGAGGUUAUGGAUUUCUGCUCAUGUCACAGGGACGUCAGUUGGGGAAGAGAAGCAAGAAGGAACAGGGGCCCUCUGGUGAGAAGGCUAGGCAUUGGAAGCUUCUAGGGCUACGGGGCUCUACCCCCCACCCCCCAAGUCUUCCAGGAAACAGGGCCUGCAGUGCCUGAAUGAGAGUCCAUCGGUUGGCUAAGUCCUAAGAACUGUGCCCGUUCUCCUGGGGGGGCAACCCAUUAAGCCCAAUCCCUUUGUUUUCUACCACAAUCCUCCUCCCCCUCCCCCGGGGGUCUGGGGACCCUCGGGUCCAGAAAAGAUGGACAGGAAAGAAGGGGUAUGGGAGAAGGACUUAGACCCAAGGGGGUGGCUGUGGUUCCUAGGGUCUGAGAUGUGUUAGAAGGUAUUUAAAACAAAGAUCCAUUUCAUUUAUUACACACUUAUUCCUAGGGGUCGCCUUAGCUGCAAAGGACCUUUAGGGCAGGGUAGGGAAAAAAGGGGGGGAGGGGGUGUCUGUGGACAAGUAAAUUUGUAAAAUCCUAAGAUUAUGAAAAAAAAAAGAGGUUAAACAGCUUUCUCUACUGAGUCUUUCAUAUGCAAACAGGCAUUGUGAGUCUUCCGGGGAGGCCACAAAAUCCUCUUUUCUUAGCGUUUUGUGGGAAGAGUGUCCAGAAGACAGAGAUGCCUGUGUUAGCAGGGCAGGGAGCCUCCAGCUUGGAUGAUCCCAUUAGGUGGGGAAGUUAUUAUGGGCUGCACACUUUGGGGCUAACAGCCAAGAGGAAAUGAGGCAGCCAGUAGCUGGUAGGGGGGCUGAGAGAUUUCCCAGGGUGGGAGCUGGCCGACUGUAGGCCCCCAGGCCUGAGUGCCAGAGCGAUGGCUGUAUGUCUGCUGAAUUACUUGCUCGAGCUGUUUUCCACACAUACGUAAUGAUGAUUACGUUUGUUAGCUUUCUGGAAAUCCCUAAUCUUAAUGUCCUGAGUUCCUAUCUCUGUAUUUGAAGAGGUGGAUUUUCAAAGCCCACGCAGAUUCAGGGUGCACCGAACUCUCAGUUCUUCAUGGUGACAGUGCUUCUUCUGUGUCUCUGCGUGAUACUGAGUAUUAGAAAUGUUGCAGAAAUCGCCACCAAGGGCAGGAGUGUUCACAUGGGUUUUGACCAUUAGUGGUCACCAACUCAAUUUAACAAGUCGUGCCUGGCAUUUUAGAAAACAAGAUAGAACAGAAAAGUCACAGAGCAUCACGUGUAAUAUUAUAAGACUAAGUGUUGUUUUGUGAAACUUUAAAAAAAAUUUGUAUGCAUUUGUUCAGAUUGUAUCUGUAUGUGUGUACCGGGUUGCUGUGUACAAUUUAUAUUUUAUUGUGGGUUAUGUGAAAAAAGUUUGAAAACCAAUAAUCUGGAGCAUGGAUGAUUUUUUUUUAACUUUUUAUUUUGAAAAAUCUCAAAGCUCCAGAAAAGUUUCAAGAAUAGUAGAGUGAACACUUUGGCCGUUCCCCUAGGUUUCCCAGUUGUUAACAUUUUACUAUAUUUGCUUUCUCUCUCUCUCCGUAUUAUUAUUUCUUACUAACAGUUUGAGUUAGUUGCAAACAUCAUGAGCCUUAACCCUGAAAUACCUUAGCGUGUAGUUUGUAACGACAUUCUCUGACAUUCUCACAGUACCAUUAUCAAAAUCAGCAACUUUUGAUAGAAUACUAUUAUUUAAAAUAUACUCUAUAUGGAAACUUCAA